AUGCACCCUACACGGCCGUUGCUCGUAUCCGGAGGGGACGACUAUAAAAUCAAAGUAUGGGAUAUCCGACCUCAGAAUCGUAAAUGCCUGUUUACGCUCAAUGGCCACUUGGAUUAUAUCCGUACUGUUCAGUUCCAUCACGAAAUGCCAUGGAUCAUUUCGGCAUCCGACGACCAAACUAUUCGGAUCUGGAAUAGCACCUCAAGAAACUGCGUCGCAAUCCUGACUGGCCACUCGCACUAUAUCAUGUCCGCCUUCUUCCAUCCAAAAGAUGACCUGGUCGUCUCUGCAUCCAUGGACCAGACUGUGCGUGUGUGGGAUAUUUCCUCACUGCGCAAGUCGCCUUCGCGCCAUAAUGCUAUGGGCCCAGGAGCUGGUAAUGCGACACCUGGAUUGGCCGGCUCGUUUGAUGCCUUUGACUCGUUUUCAACGGUCAAAUAUGUACUUGAGGGCCACGAUCGCGGCGUCAAUUUUGCGUCCUUUCAUCCAACACUACCGCUGAUCGUAUCUGGUGGCGAUGAUAGACAAAUAAAGCUAUGGAGAAUGGGAGAUAACAAGGCGUGGGAGGUUGACACCUGCCGUGGGCAUUUCAACAAUGUCCUCGCGGUAUUGUUCCACCCAAAGCACGAGCUCAUCGUCAGUGCUGGAGAGGACAAGACGAUUCGCGUGUGGGACAUGGCCAAGCGUAGUGCAAUCCAGACAUUCAGGCGCGAACAUGAUCGCUUCUGGAUUUUAGUGGCGCACCCAGAGCUCAACCUUUUUGCGGCUGGUCAUGACAACGGUCUCAUCGUCUUCAAACUGGAGCGAGAACGACCGGCAUUCACCAUCUAUCAAGACCAGCUGUAUUAUAUCAAGGACAAAUACGUUCGCCAGUAUGAUUUCAAUACACAGGCGGAUAAUGGUCUCCUGUCCGUUCGCAAGCUGGGCUCCGCAUACGUUCAGCCAAAGACUCUGGCGUACAACCCGGCCGAGCGCAGCGUGCUCGUUACUACGUCGACGGAUGGUGGUCAGUUUGAACUCGCCACACUCCCACGCGAUAGCAGUGGUGAAGUCAAGGAUUCGAGCACGGAUGGUAAAAAGGGACCGGGUUCCAGCGUUGUGUUUGUCGCGCGUAACCGAUUUGCGGUGCUCGACAAGGCAAACCAGACAAUUGAGAUUCGUGAUCUCAACAAUACCGUGACCAAAGUCGUCAAGCCACCGGCGCAGACCAAUGAAAUCUUCUAUGGUGGCACUGCAUCUCUCUUGCUCAGCUCCACUUCCUCGGUAAUCCUCUACGAUAUUCAGCAGCAAAAGACUCUGGCGGAGAUCAAUUCACCGCCAGUCAAGUAUGCGGUCUGGAAUACAGAUGGAAGCAUGGUUGCCCUAUUGAGCAAACAUACAAUCACAUUAGCAAACAAAAACCUGUCGCAAAGCAGCUUGAUUCAUGAGACGAUCCGUAUCAAGUCGGGCGCCUGGGACGACGCUGGAGUCUUUGUCUAUUCGACUCUUAAUCACAUCAAAUACGCACUUCCGCAAGGGGACAAUGGCAUCAUCCGCACCCUCGAGCAACCCGUCUAUCUCACGCGCAUCAAGGGAAAGAACAUCCACUGCCUCGACCGCGCCGCUCGUCCUCGUACAAUUACCAUGGAUCCCACCGAAUACAAGUUUAAGCUCGCGUUGAUCAAGAAAAAUUACGAAGAAGUCUUGAGAAUCAUCCAAACAUCGAAUCUGGUUGGCCAGAGCAUCAUUUCUUACCUCCAAAAGAAGGGAUUCCCAGAGAUUGCCCUUCACUUUGUACAAGACAAGAACACUCGAUUCGAGCUCGCAAUUGAAUGUGGAAAUCUGGAUGUCGCAUUGGAGGCUGCGCGCGCUAUUGAUAGACCAGAGUUGUGGAAUCGACUCGCACAGCAAGGCCUGGCUCAAGGAAACCACAAGGCAUCAAAGAACUUUGACAAGCUCUCGUUCCUCUACUUGAUGACCGGUAGUACGGAAAAAUUGGCCAAGAUGCAAAAGAUUGCCGCGUCGCGCAAGGACCCAAUGUCGCGCUUCCACAAUGCCAUCUACGCUGGUGAUGUCGAGUCGCGCAUUGCUGUGCUCAAGGACGUAGAUAUGCUCCCACUUGCAUAUCUUACCGCCAAAAGCAACGGCCUCGAAGACGUCGCCCAGGAUAUUCUACGAAAGGCGGGGAAGACGGAGGCAGACUUGGAGGAUCUGCCACCCAUGUCGCAUAUGCGACUGCAGAUACCACAAGUCGUAACGCCUACGACCUCGUUGAUCUGGCCACAAAUCGCCACGACAGAAAACUUUUUCGAAAAGGCAUUGGCGAGUGGUGCAUUACAGGCUGCUCCAGAGACAUCGUAUGUCAAUAGCUUGGACGACAUGGUGGAGCCUGAGGGUGGCGCCGGAGAAACCUUUGAAGACGCGGAGGAAGAGGCUGGCGAUUGGGGACUUGAUGAACCUGAAGAAGAGGCGACCGCUGAAGCUGAAGACGAGGAUGCGGGUGCCAGUGCGACGGAAGGAGUCAGCGAACUCGAACUCUGGAUCAAGAACUCGCCAUUUGCAGCAGAUCAUGUUGCCGCUGGGUCAUUUGAGACGGCAAUGCAGCUGUUGAAUCGGCAAUCUGGCGUCGUCAACUUUGAGCCACUAAAGCCGCUCUUCCUUGCCGGCUUCCGUGCCGCGCACAUAUACUUUUCGCCGAACGCGGCGCUCCCCCCGCUCCAGCUCCAUCUUCGCAGGAACCCAGAGGUCUCAUCCCCGACUCGGGUGUUACCCGUGGCCAGGACGCUCAAGUCGGCCAAGCAAGACUUCCAAGUGGCAUGCAAAUUUGUCUCUGGGAACAAGCUUCCAGAUGCAGUCGCUGCAUUUAGAAACUUGCUUCACAUACUACUGCUUACCGUCGCUGUUGAUCAGGAAGAGGCGCAGCAGUUACGAGAGCUAGUGGUCAGCACGAAAGAGUAUAUGCUUGCUAUGAUUCUCGAAACCACUCGACGUGAACGGCCCGCCGAGGACGCCAAACGACAUCUCGAGCUGGCAGCGUAUUUCACUCACUGCAGGUUGCUACCUCAGCACGCAAUUCUUGCCUUGCGGACGGGUAUCCAGACGGCGACCAAGGCGAAGAACUAUGCUACGGCCGCUCGAUUUGCUCGCCGUCUAGUCGAGCUCAACCCAGAUAAAGCAACCUUGAACAAGGCCAAGGAAGUGAUUGCUGCUGGCGACCGGAAUCCCCGCGAUGCCGUCGAGUUUGCAUACGACGAAUUCACCGACUUUGAAGUAUGCGCUGCCUCGCUUACGCCGAUUUACAAAGGAUCUCCGAGCGUUCGAUGCCCGUACACUGGUGCGGCGUUCCAUCCACAGUUCAAGGGCAAGCUGGAUCCGUUGACGCAGUUGACGGAGAUUGCAACGGUCACAGGCAGACCGUUGGAGAUGGGGCCUCUGCUUUCGCCACCGCCAGCGACGCUAUUGCCGUCAACAAUAACCAAAGUAUGGGCUCUAAUGUCCACUACUAUUCUACUACCUUCUCUGGCGGUCCAGGGUGGCGUUUUUGACGCCCCCGUGGAAAAAUGCCCUCCUAGAGGGUCGGUAGGUUACGUGACAGGUGACCUACCGUCGUCUUUUUCCAGCCAUCCCGCAGCGAAAGUCAAUAUCUCCAGCCCGUACCCUUCACCCAACACCCCCUCGACUGCACCCAUUCAUUUCAUCAAACCCCGUAAACAAAGCAACGACCAGCUCGCAACGCCGCCACUCACGCCUGAAAAUUGCGUCGCCGUCCCCCGCGAGUCGUCGAGCUUUGCUGCCUCUCUUUUCCCCGAGCAAGCAUCGACAGUUACCAAGUUUGCAACACCUAUCCAGAUUGUAUCCAACGCGACGUGGGAUGGGUUCGUUCUUGCCCUCCCUGGUCGUCCAAAGGCCCUAUACGUGGACGGUCAAUACACGCAGUUGGCCAAUCUGCGUGAAAGCGUUGUAGCCUUGCUCGAAAUGGCCGACGAACAGCUGGAAUGCUCCUCCGUUAUUAUUGCUAUUCCCAAAACCGCUGAUGGGCUCGAUGAACUCAUUCACAGCCUCAUGUACGUCGGUGGUCAGGUUGUCACUCGUCCUCCCUUCAAGGCGAGCUCGACGCACCUUCUCAUCGGCUUGGAGAUUUAG